AUUUACUCACUUUGAAAGAGUUCAGAACUAGAACACAGACAGAGGCACAGAAGACUGACAAAAAUAGCUAUUUCAGACGGCUGGACUAACCAUGAGCGGAUGUCCGUAUUUUGGAAAAAAGCAUCUGUUACCUCAGAACAAGCUUCAGCUUGAGGAAGAAGAGGAUGACUCACAGGAAGGUGUCAACAAGGCAAGCAAAGGAGGCAUCAUCUAUGGGGACUACCUCCAGCUGGACAAGGUGGUGACAGCUCAGGUUCUUCAGAGCGAGCUAGGGGGCAACAAAAUCCACGAUGAACACCUUUUCAUCGUCACCCACCAGGCUUAUGAACUCUGGUUCAAACAGAUACUGUGGGAACUGGAUUCAAUACGAGAUAUUUUCAUAAGUGGCCAUGUUCGUGAUGAAAGGAACAUGCUUAAGGUGGUGACACGACUGCACAGAAUCACCAUGAUUUUUAGGCUGCUGGUCAACCAGUUUUCCGUCCUGGAAACGAUGACCGCCUUGGACUUUUUUGACUUCCGCGAUUACCUGUCCCCGGCCUCCGGGUUCCAGAGCCUACAGUUCCGCCUGAUGGAAAACAAGAUUGGCGUUGCGGACAGCCAGAGGGUCCCUUAUAACCGACGCCACUACAGGGACAACUUCCAAGGCCAGGACAGCGAGAAGCUGCUGCAAUCCGAGCAGGAGCCGACGCUGCUGCUUCUAGUGGAUCAAUGGCUGGAGAGAACCCCAGGACUGAAGGAAGAAGGGUUCAAUUUUUGGGGGAAAUUACACGCCAACAUCAAAGAAUGGCUGAGACUGGAGAAGGAAAAUAUUGAGAAAAUUCCAGAGUCGGAGACAAAGGAGGAAAUGAUGGCGGAAUUCAGCAAACAGAAAGAAAUCUUCACUGCUCUUUUUGAUGAGAAGCGCCAUGACCACCUGUUGAGCAAAGGAGAGAGAAGGCUGUCAUACAAGGCACUCCAGGGAGCGCUGAUGAUCUACUAUUAUAGAGAGGAGCCCCGAUUCCAGGUGCCGUUCCAGCUCCUGACCUUCCUGAUGGACAUCGACACCCUCAUGACAAAGUGGAGAUACAACCAUGUGUGUAUGGUGCACCGAAUGAUUGGCAGCAAAGCUGGAACUGGAGGAUCAUCUGGCUACCACUACCUGCGUUCCACUGUCAGUGACCGUUACAAGGUCUUUGUGGAUUUGUUCAACCUGGCCACCUUCCUGGUGCCUCGUAAGUGGGUUCCUAAACUGAAUCCCAACGUCCACACAUUCCUCUACACCGCUGAGUGUUGUGACAGCUCUUACUGCAGCAGUGAGGACUCUGACUCAAACUAGGACGCAAUUGGCCAAAAACACUGAUCUUUCUUGCGGUCUCCUUUCAAAAAAUAAAUGCAAACACAUAAUGCAUCUUCCCACGCAUUUUACAUGGAAUAUAUGUAAAUACUAUUUAUAUAAUUUAUAUGCAGCAUUAAGUUGAUCUGUGUGACUAUGUAAUUUAUGUACAUAGGCUGAUUUAUGAUAUAAAUAGGCAUCCUUGAUUGAUUUUUACUUUUGACAUUUAGAAAAUCUGCAUGUUUAGCUAAUGUAUUUGUCUGUGUAAAAUAAUUUAAGUGCAAAAUAAAGAGAUUUCUGUUUA